CGAGGAAAGAAUGGCACGGAAGGUAGAAAAAAAGUUCCCCAAGGAACAAUGAUGAGGAAGGGAGGAAAAGGUUGUUGAUAGAAGGAUGGAAGAGAAGAGAGGGAGAGAGAGAGAGAGAGAGAGAAAGAGAGGAGAGGGAGAGAGACAAUGCUUGGUGCAGCUGGAUUGGUACUGCUGCUGCUGCUGCUGCUGCUGCUGCUGCUUUGCUGCUGGCGUGUGUAUGGGUCAGUUAUCGGCGGUUGGCCCCAGGGCUGGCUUUUGGCUCCUCCUUCGUUUGGGCGACGUCCUGUUCUUUCGUUUCCCUCCUCCUUCAACCCCCCCGUUCCUUUCAGGUGAGGCUCCCUGUUCCCGAAAAGUAGGGUGACUAAGGAAAGGAACCCGACCAAACCUAG